AUGGCGUUUGGACUGGGUGCUCUCUGCCUGUUGCUAUGGGCAGUCACAGGUUCCAGUGGUGAGCCGUGCCGGGAAGGAGCCACGUACUCGGGUGCAGUAAUAUCUCCCAACUUAGAAACUACGAAAAUUACACGAGUUCCUCAUGCUCUGUCAGUGCCUGACUGCAUCGCAGCAUGCUGUGACCUCUCUGGUUGUGACUUGGCCUGGGUGUUUGAACAACGCUGUUACAUCGUGAACUGCCAACACAUAGAGAAUUGUGAACCUAAAAAAAUUGAAACUGUGAGGUCCUAUCUUACUUUUGUGCUGAGGCCUUCCCAGAGGCCAGCCUUGUUGCUAGGAUUUGAACAAGUGAUCCCAAGCAUGGUGGGACUCCAGAAUGAGCCAUCUGAGGAAGCAAGUAGUCUGAAGAAGCUGUCUCUGCUUGGAAAAGAACCCAGCCUUGAGGAGAUACCGGAAUAUAUUGAUGAUUAUAAAGAGUUGGAGCAGGACCCCUUUCAGGUGAGCAUCAAACACGAGCAGAAGGAGAGCACGGAUUAUACUGACUGGGGCCUGAUGGUGGCAGGUGAAGAUGGCUUCAACUCUUCAGUGGGUGAUGGUGGAAAUAACCAGGAAAACUUUGGUGAAAAGAAAGGGGGGGCUGAGAAGGUGGAAAGCCUUCUGAAUAAAAACAACUCUGAAUUGAGCUUUGUCAUUGAAGACUCCAUCGAGAGGUUGUCAUCCCUCCCGGAGGUUACACCGUUCCCUGGGAAGACAUCUGAAAGCAAAGCAGCUACUCAACCUCUUGCACAACCUGAUGUUGCUUUCCAAGAAGAGCUGCCUCCUUUUUCUCCUUUGUCUGACAAACUGGAUUUCUCCCCAGGUGUGUCAGAGAAAACCCAGACUCUCCCAGUGGUCCCAGAGAAUGUCACCGAAGGUGGGAUCACGCUGCUUCCCAGAGCAAAUACUGUGCCAUCUGAGCCCAUGCAGCAGUUGGUACCACCUGCUACUGCUGCCAAAGCAGAUACAGUAAAAGAACUUAUCGUGUCUGCUGGAGAUAACAUACAAGUGAUGCUGCCCAGAAAUCAGGUUGAACUGAAUGCCUUUGUUGUCCCACCACCGCCGACAGAAACAGCCUACACCUAUGAGUGGAGCUUGAUCAGUCACCCUGCUGACUAUGGAGGUGAAAUGGAGCGUGGGCACAGCCAGACCUUGAUGCUCUCUCAUUUAUCAGUGGGAUUUUAUGCCUUCAAAGUGACGGUUUCUGGUGAAAAUGCCUUUGGGGAAGGUUUCGUAAAUGUCACGGUCAAACCAGCAGCCAGAGUUAACCAGCCACCUGUUGCCAUUGCUUCACCUGAAGUACAAGAAGUUUCUUUGCCUACAACUUCUACCUUCAUCGAUGGCAGUCAAAGUGUAGAUGAUAUGAAGAUAGUGAGUUACCACUGGGAGGAAAUUAAAGGUCCUUUGCGAGAGCAGAAGGCAUCUGCUGACACACCUGUCUUGUACUUGUCUAACCUUGUUCCUGGAAACUACACUUUCAGACUCACAGUGAUUGAUUCAGAUGGAGCAGCCAACUCCACCGUCGCGUCUCUGACGGUCACCAAGGCGGUGGAUUACCCGCCCGUCGCCAACGCGGGACCGAAUCAGGCAGUCACCUUGCCCCAGAACUCCAUCACGCUCAACGGAAACCAGAGCAGCGACGACCAUGCCAUCGUCAGCUACGAGUGGUCGCUCAGUCCCAAAAGCAAAGGCAAGGUUGUAGCAAUGCAGGGAGUACGGACGCCGUACCUGCAGUUAUCUGCAAUGCAGGAGGGAGAUUAUACGUUUCAGCUGACUGUCACGGACUCGGCGAGGCAGCAGUCCACAGCUGAGGUCACUCUCAUCGUACAGCCGGAAAAUAACAGUCCUCCAGUAGCAGUGGCUGGCCCUGACAAAGAAUUGACUUUCCCAGUAGAAGGUACUACGCUGGAUGGAAGCAAAAGCCAUGAUGACCAAGGCAUUGUCUUCUAUCAUUGGGAAGAUAUCAGUGGACCAAGCUCUGUACAGAUGGAAAAUGGCAACAAAGCAAUAGCAACUGUGACUGGUCUUCAGGUUGGUACCUAUCGCUUCAGGCUGACCGUAAAAGACCAACAGGGCUUAAGCAGUGCAUCUGUGCUGUCUGUUACUGUGAAGGAAGAAAACAACAGUCCACCCCGGGCGGAUGCUGGUGGGAAGCAUGUUUUAGUGCUUCCAAAUAACUCCAUUACCUUGGAUGGCUCAAGGUCUGCUGAUGACCAGGGGAUUGUGUCGUAUUUGUGGAUUCGAGAUGGUCAAAGCCCAGCAGCUGGGGAUGUGAUCCAUGGCUCAGACCACGAGGCGGUGCUGCAGCUAACCAAUCUGGUGGAAGGAACCUACACUUUUCACUUGAAGGUGACGGAUGCCAAAGGAGACUCCGAUCUCGAUUCAGCAACGAUUGAAGUGCGGCCUGAUCCUAAAAGGAGUGGUCUGGUGGAACUGAUUCUGCAAGUUGGAGUGGGCCAGCUGAGUGAACAGCAGAAGGACACCCUGGUGAGACAGCUGGCUGUCUUGCUGAAUGUUUUGGAUUCGGAUAUCAAAGUUCAGAAGAUACAAGCGCACUCAGAUAUAAGCACCGCGGUUGUAUUCUACGUGCAGAACGGGCAGCCUGCCGAGGUGAUCAAGGCAUCAGAUGUCUCACGAGCUCUGCAUGUGCAGCUUUUGAAAGAGAAGGCUGACUUUCUGCUUUUCAAAGUCCUGCGGGUCGACACAGCUGCCUGUCUCUUGAAAUGCUCUGGCCAUGGGCACUGUGACCCCAUAACAAAGCGCUGCGUUUGCUACCAGCUGUGGAUGGAAAACUUGAUUCACCGUUAUCUGAACAACGGAGAGAGUAAUUGUGAGUGGAAUAUACUCUAUGUGUGUGUAUCUGUUUUUAUUUUGAUUGUGCUCAUGGUAGGGCUUGCCUGGCUCUGCAUCUGCUGCUGCAAAAGCAGGAAGAGGACAAAGAUAAGAAAGAAAACAAAAUAUACCAUCCUAGAUAACAUAGAUGAGCAGGAGAGGAUGGAGCUACGACCCAAAUACGGUAUAAAACACAGAAGUACAGAACACAACUCCAGUCUGAUGGUCUCUGAAUCAGAGUUUGAGAGCGAUCAGGACACUAUCUUUAGCAGAGAAAAGAUUGAAAGAGAGAAUCCUAAACCCCUCAUGAAUGGAUCUAUCAGAAAUGGAGUUUCCUUCAGCUACAGCUCCAAAGACAGAUAA